AUGCAUGCCGAAAUAAUAUAUAAUCGUGCAAUUAAGGUUGCACGUGAAUUAGAACAAUGUAUAUAUACAAACACAUUUACAUAUAAUACUGAAAACCAUGAAUCGAAUCCAGAACACUUUUCUGAAAGUGUUGAAAUUCCUUUUGAAGGAAUAGACAUAAUCAUUGAUGAAAGUAAAGAGAUGUCCACCAUGAAUGAUAAAGACCUUAUGGCUGAAAAUACAGAAACUCUUGUGUUCAAAAGUCAGAUGCCUGAUGAUUUGUUAACGCGUUAUCCUGCAGAUGAUCCUGCGGGGAAGUGGAACCUUGCAGACUUAUUCAUAGUUAAAUUCCUUGCAUCCUUAACAAUGAAAAAUCUUCAAUUAGUUUAUGAUGUAGAUAACAGUCUAUGUUUACAAUAG